ACCAAAGAGUAAUUCGGACUUCGUGAAUAGCUGCGGGGGUUAAAAUGACUUUCGCAAAAUUUCGCUUAGCCAGCCAGCAAACCAGGCCGCUGAAAUAUAAAGGUGUUCCGCUGCACAAACUAGGGACGUAUAUGGGCUAAGUGGGCUGUACACGCGGGCAAACGAGAUAGAGAAAAAGCCCGUGUUGGGAUGGGGUGACGUACGACCCACUCCACCAAAGCACAAGCUCUCGUCGCUUCCUUUCCUUAUCUUCUGACUUCUCCAUUCCCAAUUCCCACUACCGCGGCAGGCAGCUACCCCCUCCCUCUCGUCUCCUCCGCCACCUCUUCUCGCGUCUAGGGUGCGCCCGCCUCGCUGGCGUAGGGUCGGGACGGUUCUGCCGGUGCGAGCUCCACGACCCCUCUGCGGGAGACGAAACAAAGGCGUGGGCUUGGUAGAUACAGGUCUGGGAUUGCCUUUUCCUAGUUCAACAUGGAGGGCGCUCUUGUUCAGUCUGCUAUUGUUCCAGCCGUUUACAGAAGCAGCUCAGGUCGGUUCCGUGUGCGUGCAAGGGCCAGAACAAAUGCUACAAUGGUGCGGAAUACGCCAACAAGGACUCUUACUCUUGGUGGCUUCCAAGGGCUGCGUCAGACAAACUUUUUGGAUACGAGGUCUGUAAUUAAGCGUGACUUUGGAUCAAUCGUGGCAAGCCAGAUUGCAAGGCCACGCGGGUCAGCCUCAAGAGGGGUGGUCCGUGCCAUGUUUGAGCGCUUCACUGAGAAAGCAAUCAAGGUGAUUAUGCUUGCACAGGAAGAGGCAAGGCGCCUGGGACACAACUUCGUUGGGACAGAACAGAUUUUGCUGGGGCUUAUUGGUGAGGGCACAGGAAUUGCAGCGAAGGUUAUGAAGUCUAUGGGAAUCAAUCUUAAGGAUGCCCGAGUGGAAGUCGAAAAGAUAAUUGGACGUGGCAGUGGGUUUGUGGCUGUUGAAAUCCCAUUCACACCUCGAGCAAAACGUGUAUUGGAAUUGUCCCUUGAAGAAGCUCGUCAGCUUGGGCAUAAUUAUAUAGGAUCUGAACACUUACUCCUUGGGCUACUUCGUGAGGGUGAAGGUGUUGCUGCUCGUGUGCUUGAAAGCCUUGGUGCUGAUCCAAACAACAUCCGUACCCAGGUCAUAAGAAUGGUUGGGGAAAGCACAGAAGCUGUUGGGGCUGGAGUUGGUGGAGGAAGCAGUGGCCAGAAGAUGCCCACACUUGAAGAAUACGGUACUAAUUUGACGAAAUUAGCGGAAGAGGGCAAAUUGGACCCAGUUGUUGGUAGACAGGAUCAGAUUGAGCGCGUUACCCAGAUUUUAGGCAGGAGGACAAAGAACAACCCCUGCUUAAUUGGAGAGCCUGGUGUUGGAAAGACUGCUAUUGCUGAGGGGCUUGCUCAACGUAUUUCCAAUGGUGAUGUUCCCGAAACAAUUGAAGGAAAGAAGGUUAUUACUCUUGACAUGGGCCUCCUUGUUGCUGGAACCAAAUACCGUGGAGAGUUUGAAGAGAGAUUAAAGAAACUUAUGGAGGAAAUUAAGCAAAAUGAAGAUAUUAUUCUCUUUAUUGAUGAAGUGCACACACUGAUUGGAGCAGGUGCAGCAGAAGGUGCGAUUGAUGCUGCUAAUAUUUUGAAGCCAGCUCUUGCAAGAGGUGAACUGCAGUGCAUUGGUGCCACAACACUGGAUGAGUAUAGGAAGCAUAUAGAGAAAGAUCCUGCCUUGGAAAGAAGGUUUCAACCAGUUAAGGUUCCUGAGCCUACUGUUGAUGAAACAAUACAGAUCUUAAGAGGGCUCCGUGAGAGAUAUGAACUCCAUCACAAACUGCGAUACACAGAUGAUGCUUUAAUUGCUGCUGCACAGCUGUCUUAUCAGUAUAUCAGUGAUCGUUUCCUGCCUGACAAGGCCAUUGACUUGAUUGAUGAAGCUGGAUCCCGUGUUAGGCUGAGGCAUGCCCAGCUCCCUGAUGAAGCCAAAGAGCUGGACAAAGAGCUGCGACAGAUAACCAAGCAGAAAAACGAGGCUGUACGCGGCCAGGAUUUUGAGAAGGCUGGUGAAUUAAGGGACCGAGAAAUGGAACUGAAGGCUCAAAUUACGGCCAUUAUUGACAAGAGCAAGGAAAUGAUUAAAGCAGAGACUGAAUCUGGUGAUGUCGGUCCUCUUGUUACUGAGGCAGAUAUUCAACAUAUUGUCUCCUCUUGGACUGGAAUUCCUGUGGAGAAAGUGUCGUCUGAUGAGUCUGACCGUCUCCUAAAGAUGGAAGAGACACUGCAUACACGUAUCAUUGGCCAGGACGAGGCUGUCAAAGCUAUUAGCCGUGCUAUCCGCCGUGCUCGUGUUGGCCUGAAGAAUCCAAAUAGGCCAAUUGCCAGCUUCAUAUUCUCUGGACCAACUGGAGUUGGCAAAUCAGAGCUAGCAAAGGCUCUGGCAGCCUACUACUUUGGCUCAGAGGAGGCUAUGAUUAGGCUUGACAUGAGUGAGUUCAUGGAGAGACAUACUGUCUCCAAGCUUAUUGGAUCACCUCCAGGUUAUGUUGGGUACACUGAGGGAGGCCAACUAACUGAAGCAGUCCGUCGCCGCCCAUACACAGUUGUUCUCUUUGAUGAGAUUGAGAAGGCACAUCCUGAUGUUUUCAACAUGAUGCUUCAGAUAUUAGAAGAUGGGCGAUUAACUGAUAGCAAGGGGCGCACAGUUGACUUCAAAAACACACUAUUGAUCAUGACAUCUAAUGUGGGAAGCAGUGUCAUUGAGAAAGGAGGCCGCAAGAUCGGGUUUGACCUUGACUAUGAUGAGAAAGACACCAGCUAUAACAGGAUCAAGAGCCUGGUGACCGAGGAGUUGAAGCAGUAUUUCCGGCCAGAGUUCUUGAACAGAUUGGAUGAGAUGAUUGUAUUCCGGCAGCUGACUAAAUUGGAGGUGAAGGAGAUUGCUGACAUUAUGCUGAAAGAAGUGUUUGACAGGCUGAAGGCCAAGGAGAUUAAUCUCCAGGUCACGGAGAAGUUCCGAGAUAGAGUUGUUGACGAAGGUUAUAACCCGAGCUAUGGUGCCAGACCUUUGCGGCGUGCUAUCAUGAGGCUUCUGGAGGAUAGUCUGGCAGAGAAGAUGCUGGCUGGUGAGGUGAAAGAAGGUGACUCUGCCAUCGUUGAUGUGGAUUCAGAUGGCAAGGUGAUAGUCCUGAAUGGUGGUAGCGGUGUUGCUGAGCCACUGGAACCUGCUCUCAGUACCUAACCGAGGUCAAAAUCAUCAUUGGUCCGAAAUAUGGCCUUCUUUACAAGUCAGCUGGGUUUCUCGUGAUGGUAAAAACUAGACUGACAUUACUUGGCCGCCCAUUAGUUGCUUUAUCUUUCGUUUAUUUUCUUUUUUGUUGGAAGUGAGGCAGUAGGGUUGCUAUGGAAAUGAAUAGAUGGAGAAGCAUUUAGCAGACAUAUAAUAUAUGCUAGACUUUUGAGUUGCCUUGUUUUGGGAAGAAACUUGGAAUUUUCAGUUUGAUGCACUUGUAUUAUUAUUAGGCCUUGGUAGCAACAAGAUACGGAUGUCGUCUCUACGUUUGCUGUUGUACUUCAGUGUAACUUGCCUCCCGAAUGUAUGAGUAUUAUUUAUCAAGUCCCAAAUAACAGUGACGGAUUGCUACAUUCUGUUUUUUUU